AGCAGCAUCAGUGUGUUAUCACUCACACAGGAGAAAAGCACCAGUAGCAGACUUACAGCAUAGAUAGACCUUCUACAAAUCUUGAAAAUAAACCAAGGUUUUGGAAAUAUGGCUGGUAACGUAGACUCAAAACUAUUAGUACCACCACAGCCUCAACCAGAAUUCAACGAACCAUGGAGAAAGUUUGAUUGGAAUCAGAGAGGUGUCCUGAAAAAGAAGCUCGAAGAAUUUACUCUGAGUAAUGAAGAUGUGAAAUAUAUCAAGAUCCUGGUUGCUGGAGAAAUCGGUGCAGGAAAGUCCAGCUUUAUAAACUCAGUCAAUAAUGUCUUUCAAGAACGGAUCACCACCAUAGCACUAGUUAAUUCAACUGCUGGGGGAAGUAAAAGUUUUACAACAAAGCUCAAACCAUCCCGCAUUAAAAGUGGAGACAAGUUCUUGCCCUAUGUCCUCACAGACAUAAUGGGCUUAGAAUCUAAAGUGUUGGCUGGGUCACAUCCAGAGGACAUCAUCAAUGCUGUAUUUGGCCAUGUGAAGGAUGGCUAUAAAUUUGAUGAGUCGGAGCCACUCGCUCAAGGGAAGGAACAUUACAUCAGUGACCCCAACCUCUCUGACCAGGCUUUCUGUCUGGUGUACGUCGUAGCUGCUGAUACAAUAUCAUUCACGGAUGAGAAACUUAUUGACAAAUUGAAGAUCAUUCGCCACAGAAUCAGUGAUAGAGAUAUUCCUCAAGUCAUUGUCAUGACCAAAAUAGAUGAAGCAUGUCCAGUGGUGAAGAAAGAUCUAAGAAAAGUGUAUCACAGCAAGAAGAUCAAAGAGAAGAUGCAGACGUGCAGUGACUUGAUUGGUGUACCUAUGUGCAACAUCUUCCCAUUGAAGAACUACCAUGAUGAGAUUGACACAAAUCCUGAUGUUGAUGUUCUGAUUCUGAAAGCACUGGAUCAAAUUGUUUAUCUUGCUCAUGAUCGACUUGAUAGAAGCAGUGGCUGAUGAGAGAAAUAUUGCUCUUUUCUCUAUAUGUUAAUAAAAG